AUGAAUGGCGAAAGAAAACGAGGCCGCCAUAAAAAACACCCCCAUAAUACAGAUAGUAGUGAUGAUGCCAGCCUCGAACUAAAAUACUCGAAACAGCUUAAAUUACGAGAAUUAAGAUUUCAAGAAAAGAUCAAAUCAAAAACAGAUAGAAAUAAUCGGGAAGAAGAAUCAUCCAAAACAAAUGAAAAUGCCAAUGAGCCACCUCCUAAAGCUCAAGAAGAAAAUUUCACACCACAAUUUUUUAAUCCAAUGAACAUCCAAUUCCCAAUUUCUGAUAUUGAUGAAAUAAUUGCUGAGAAAGAUGGUAAUUAUUUAGUAAAAUUGCGAAAUGUUUCGUAUUUAAACUUACAAUGGAUAUCAUCUGAAGAAAUCCUUUCUCACAUGAAUGGAACACAAGUGUUACAGUGUUUUAAAGACAUUUUACCUACUAGAGAUCCACCAUUUUACAAUUUAAUCUUUAAUAAGCCAGAAUUAGUUGUAAAAAUCAUUGAUGACAUGUGCUUAGUGAAAUGGAAGUCACUGGGAUUUAAAUACUGCACGUGGGAAUCGCUUUCUUCAUUUACAAAUUACGUUAUUUCAAAUAAAACAGAAUUGGACAGUUCAAUUACUAAACCAAUAUGGUUUUUCAACUUAGAUAAGAAAUACCAACCUGCUGUUCUUUCAAUAGCCCAAGAAUUUGGAAAAACAAAAAAUAUAAUUUUAUCUGGAACAGUUGGCUCAAUUAUGAGGUUACAACUAUAUUCUGUAAUGUUUUAUAUAUCUCGCUGUCUAAGUAACAAUCCAUUUUUAAUAGCCGUUGAAGAUAGAAUUUUACAAGUUGUUGAAGCAGAGAUAAAAUCGAGAUUUAAUAUGAAUAUACUUGUUUUGUCUAAUACUGAUGAUUUCGAUGAGAUCCAAUCGACAAAAGAAAACGCUUUUGUUGAUAAUCCUUUUGAUAUCAUUUUAAUUUCGAUAGAAGCAUUGCAAACUUAUAAAGAAAGCCUUGAUGCAAUACAAUUUUCUAUUGCCGCUAUUGAUAUGACUGAAAUUUAUGGAAGAAUCGUAAAUCCUUCAAAUCAAAUUGAAUUUGGUAUUGAAAUCAACGCAGAAAUGAAAAUUUGCUUGUCUCCUUUGUUUGCUAGACAGAAUGGAAAGAUAAUUAACUCACAAACGCCGCAAAAUAUUGAAGAAUUUUCUUGGAUUAUUUCUCCUAAUUAUGAAAUGGUCAAGAGAUACACGGAAUUACCAACAAAUGAUUUUUUCGAUUGUAAAAAUGAAGCGGAUUUCGUUAGUUGGGCUUCAAAAUUUCAUGAAAUUACAAAUUUUACAAAUGUUGAACUUUUUAAGAACUGGGAUAUGAUAUUACGUAAGAUUUUGGAUAUAACUAAUCGUUCUGGACAGAUAUCAACGCUUACGCAAUUAGUUUCCCAGUCAAAUUCAAAAUUAGGUUCAAUAUUAAACGUAAUUCCUUUAAUUCCUGAAAGAUCAGGGGUAUUAUUAAUCACUUCAUCAACAGAGAUAUCUACAUUCCUUCAAUCUUAUUUUUUGGUUAAGAAAAUUCCAAUUUUAUUUAUUAAUUCUUUAAAUGACUUCAACGAGACGAUUCAUAACUUCCAUGAGAUCAAUGUUGACACAAAUUAUAUAAUUAUGCCGCCUGGAGACAAAAAUUUGGAUUUGAAAGAAAAUUAUUUUGAUUAUAUUUUAAUUUUGGAUCCGCAAUAUUGUCCUGACAUUUCUAUUAAGAGUAAUUUGAUAACUACUGUUGUUAGAAUGGUUAUACAAUCAUCAGAAGAAGUAAUUUUGUUUGGAGCUCGUCAAUCACUCAAACCACAACAAAUUGUAUCGUAUACAUCACAGUUUUUGUGGAAACCAAUAAGAGAAAGGCCUUUACAAGAUUAUUCUGAAUAUAAUUUUUUAUUAUAUGAAAGAUUUGGAAAACACGAGCAAAUUCCAGCACAAACAGCAUCUGUUAUUGAUAAUUAUUAUGUUCAUGGCCAGCCAACAAAAGUUAUUUUGAAAAUUUUUGAAAAUCCUCAAAAUAUUAACUUUAAAAAGGUUUCAAGAGAGCAGUUAACAGCUGAAUUUCUAUUGCAUAUCCUCAGAACUUUGAAUAUUUAUUGUCUUGGCCAAUGGUUUAAAUUUGGUUUCAACGGAUAUGAUACAAGAACUGUAAAAACAGCUAUUUAUUUAGUUGUUAUUACACUUAUGAACUUGUGCGACAUGAAUUUCCCUUUGUUAUCAAAUUUCAUCAAAAAUUCUAACUUUUUGUACUUGGAUGAGUAUAAGGAGCCGUUAGAAAUGUUCAUUAGGGAUAACUGCAAGCCAAAAGAUAUCAGAUCCCUCUUGAUUCGAAUAGAAAAAUUAUUAAUAAUUUCUAACUUGGUUUCUUGUUCGAAACAAGCUCCAAAUCAGAUAUACAUCAAGGAAACUGAUUUAUAUAAACCAGCUCCUUGGUGGUCCCUCUCUGAUGAUCAAGAAUUAAUUUAUCGCACUUGGUUCUAUGGAUAUGGAAAGAUGCCAGUGUCAUUAUCCGAAAAAUGGUCUGUCAAAGGUAUUAGAAUUGAGUCAGAAUUAAUCUCACAGCGUCUCAGAACUUUGACAUUUGUUAUUAGACGGGAAAUCGAAAAAUUACCGAACAAAUUAGGUAAUUAUCCGAUUUUUGUGCCUCCUGUAACCAAUCCGCCAAAUAUCAGACUGAAAUUCAAUGUUGCAGAACAAUUAGUAAUUGCAAAGCAACUUUUGAGUUUUGGAAAGAUCAAUUCGGAAGAAUUGCUUGAUGAUCCUUUGCUUGCGAACAAAAAGAAAGAAGAUAUCGAGCAUUUUGCCGAAAUUUUGAUAAAUGUUGUCAAAAGUGGUAAGUCAAAUCCAUAUGUCAAGCUUGGAAUCAAGACACUGACCAAUAUUGGAAAGAUUAUGACCUUGUUUUCCAUUGCAGAGAGCUUAGAUUUCACAAAUAUGUUUUGUGAAGACCGAAUCCUUGUUGAAACAGUAAUGUUGUACGGAUUAAAUGAUGCUUACAAGUCCAACUGUCUUCCCGCUCUUCUAAAUACCGAGAAUCCUUCUAAAGAACUAAUUUUGGAAAAUUUCGAACGAGUUGUCAAAAACGCCGCAUUUCCUUCAUCAGAAGACUUUGUCCAGAAGAUCUGUGAGACACCAAUACCAGCAGGUGUCGACACAUUAGUCUUAAGUUUAGGAAAAAUUGACACUCGAAGUUCAUUUUCCAACCAAUCCUACAUUUAUCCCAUUGGAUUUUCAAUUACAACAACUUUUUGUGGGGAACCGAUUGCUUGUGAGAUAAAAGAAGAGAAAUCAUCCCCUAUUUUCGUUGUCAGACGCGAAACUAAUGAAGAAGAAUUCAUUGGAACAAAUCCUGAUGAAGCAGUAAGAGAUUUCGUUGCAGCUGUUGCUCCUCAAAGAUUUGAUUAUAUCAGAAGAACUCCUGGUCAUGAAGUCUUUGGUUUGUGCAGUUGUGAUGUACUAAGAAGUAUACAAUCAAUGAGGAAUGCUGAUAAAUGUCAGAAAUACAAAAUGCGAGUUUUCGCAGAUUCAUUGCCAACAAAUGAUUUUCCAAGAAUAUUCAGUCGAUGGAGAUUUGGAGAAAAGAGACAAAUGGAAUCUCCUAAACCUGAAAAUACUGGAACAUUAGAUUUGAACCAUGUUGCUCAAGAAUCGGAUAAACUUAAUCAUGAUGACUGGUUAAGGAUUUUGAAUUCUGUUUAA